AUGGGAGGAAAUGAAGUUAAAUGUCUAAACUAUGGAAAGUUAGUGAAAUUUAAAUUGAAAAAAUUAGUGAAUUCGAAUGUGACUAUUUACAUGUGUAAAGUAACUGACUAUAUUGUUAUAUUCAAUAUUAUUGAUGCAGUUUCUGACCGAGAUUUUCUACUAGAGUUUCUUUCUGCUAAUGCCAUCACAGUAGUGCAUCUUUCUCGAUUGGGUGAAGAAUGGGUAUUGUGGGCUUUAGAAGAAUUUGGAUUUAUCACUUCAAGCGACUCUGUUUCAACAGGAAGCAGCAUAAUGCCUCAGAAAAAGAAUCCAGACCCAAUGGAACUUGUUCGUGGUAAGUCUGGCAGAGUCAUAGGGGGUUUGGUCACUCUUCUAAUAGUGUGCAAAGGACUUCCACAUGCUUACAAUCGCGAUUUGCAGGAAGACGAAGAACCAGUGUUUGACAGUGUUAGAGCUAUUUUGGGAAUGCUUGAAGUCUCAGCAGAAUUUGCAAUGAACAUUACUUUCAGUCGGGAAAGAAUACAGAAGUCUUUACCUGCUGGUUUUCCUGGUGCAACAACACUUGCUGACUAUCUUGUUAAGAAGGUUAAGGUUGGUUUAAGAUGGUCGCAUGUGAAGGACGUGUUUGGUGGUUUGAAAAUGAACGGUUAUUGCAGGAUGAUAUCGCGCCACAUUGAGUUUUAA